CACUGGUCACUAGUUUCUAGCUGUUAAGAGAUUGUUAGAAAGACUUUCCAAAGCAAAUCUUGGUAAAAGGAUCUCAUCAUCAAACAAAACACAACAAGACACAACAAAUGCACUUCACUGCUUCUUGACUUCUUUUUCUCUUUCUUAAUUGCUCAGUUGUUUUGCUUUGCUUUAGUUACUAUCUCUCCCUGUCUCUCUCAUCGCUAUUUGCAGAAGAUACAGCUCACUUCCUUCAAAACCCACUUCCAUAACCUUUUUUACUUCCAAAAUAAUGUUUCAACCACUUUCAUCUUCACCUACCUUCAUUUCCUCAAUGGCCCAUUAACUCUCUAUUUUACUUUGUUUUCUUAGUAACCCAACUGAAGUCUGAGGUUAAAGGUCAAACCUUUUGUGUCAGGGUUUCAUUUUCUUGUUUUUGAUUGCAAGAGGUUUCCUUUGCUACAUCAAAAGGUCUGCUUAGAUGAAAAUGUUUAGCUUUUCUCGUAGACGCAUGAAGCUUGGCAGAGUGAAGAAAGUACAGCUUUCAGAGUCUGCUCAUGGAAUUAAAAGUCCUAUAAGACCGCCCAAACGAAGCAACAAUACCAAUGUAGAGUCUGCUAUGCCUGCUGGUGUUCAUUCUGAUGAACUUAAGUCCCAUUGUCCUUCAACUGCACCUGAGAUUAAUUCAUCAGGGAACUCUGAGAAUUGGAUGGUGUUGUCAGUUGCUGGGGAAAAGCCUGUACCGCGUUUUAAUCAUGCAGCUGCUGUAGUGGGGAACAAGAUGAUAGUGGUUGGUGGUGAAUCUGGGAAUGGAUUGUUAGAUGAUGUGCAGGUUCUUAAUUUUGAUCAUUUUUCCUGGACCACGGCAUCGUCAAAGCUUUACUUGUCUCCAAGCAGUCUUCCUCUGAAGAUCCCUUCAUGCAAGGGCCAUAGUCUGGUUUCAUGGGGGAAAAAAGCCCUCCUUGUUGGAGGCAAAACUGACCCUGGCAAUGACAGAGUUUCAGUAUGGGCACUUGAUACAGAGACAGAAUGUUGGUCAGUUAUGGAAGCAAAAGGAGAAAUACCGGUUGCUCGAAGUGGUCACACAGUGGUUAGGGCAAGCUCCGUUUUAAUCCUUUUUGGGGGUGAAGAUGCUAAAAAGAAGAAACUGAAUGACCUACAUAUGUUUGAUCUGAAGUCUCUGACAUGGCUCACUCUUCAGUGCACGGGUACAAGACCAUCUCCAAGAUCCAAUCAUGUGGCAACUCUUUAUGAUGAUAAAACCCUUUUCAUCUUUGGUGGAGCGUUAAAGUCUAGGACAUUGAAUGACUUAUACUCACUUGACUUUGAAACGAUGGUAUGGUCAAGAAUAAAGAUGCGGGGUUUUCAUCCAUCACCAAGAGCUGGUUGCUGUGGUGUUCUGUGUGGAGCGAAAUGGUACAUAGCAGGAGGUGGAAGUAGGAAAAAAAGUAUGCCUCGUACCAGACAUACAGAGACUUUCAUCUAUGAUGUUUUAAAGUCUGAGUGGUCUGUGGCCAUUGCAUCACUUCCAUCUUCAAUCACCACUAACAAGGGAUUUAGCCUAGUACUCGUGCAGCAAAAGGAUAAGGAUUUUCUUGUUGCGUUUGGCGGAUACAGAAAGGAGCCAUCAAAUCAGGUUGAAGUACUGAUUAUUGAGAAGAAUGAAUCAUCCAUGGGCCGGCGAUCUACUCCCAUUAAAUCUGCUGGACAAAUGCAGCUUGGAAAACGUUCAUCAUCUGCAGGGUCAGCUGGCCAACUUAUGAAUGGUUCUUCCCAACGAUCAGUUGAUUCUGCAGCUAGACAAAAUCUAGCCUCUGCAAUUGAACAUGGUUCUGGUAGGAGAUCGUUGUCAGAGUUGUCACUUGUGGAUCAAAAUCUUCUUUCUGGAAAUGUCUCACUACGGAAGCAAUUUAUUGAUGAGGAAGAAUACAACACUACUGUUAGAAUAACAAAGAGUUCAGAGGACUUAACUUCUAUUCUGGUGGCGACAGAACAGAAAACAAAUCAAUCUGAUACAGGAAUUCAGACUAAUGCUCCUGGGACCAAAAUCAGUUUGGACGAAUUGUUCCCAUUUGAAUCUGAAAGUUCAAAUCCCCAGGUUGAAGGGAUCUUAAAAAUGCCCAUGGAUAAUGAUAAUUUUGUAUUUCCAGAAACAGAUGAUAAAUCAGGUGCCCUGUUGGCUCCAUCAAGCAUAUAUCAAUUUUAUGAGACAAGAAUGUCUGCCCUGAGUAGAAAAAAUGGAAUUUUAGAAGUACAGUUGACAGCUGCAUUGGCAAGCCGAGACACUGUGGAGAGAAAUUUAGCUUCUGCUCUCAAGAGCAAAGAGGAGAUGGAGAAAAGACUUGCAGACACAAUGAAGGAGAUGGAAUUGCUAAAAGAGAAACUAGCUGGCACAGAACUUGCACAAGAAGAGGCCAACAACUUAUCUAACAUUGUCCACUCAGACAAUGUACGACUUGAACAUGAUGUAGCUUUCCUUAAGGCUGUUCUAGAUGAUACUCAAAAGGAGCUGCACUCAACCAGAGGAGUCCUUGCAGGGGAGAGGGCCAGAGCAUUCCAACUACAGGUUGAAGUUUUCCAUCUCAAACAAAGGCUGCAAUCCUUGGAGAACCGAGCACCCACUCCUAGGAAACCAUUCAAUGUAUAGUGUCAGAGUGAAUCUGAUUAGCAUCAGUUAUCCAUCUAUUUGCCAUAACAUGAUGCGAGGUAGGAGGAACAGUGAACCUGCCUGGAAUCGAGCAUAUGCAGAUUCGUAUUCUUUUGGUACUUUACUCUGUAUAUACGUAUAUCAACCACUAUGUCAAAUGUUUCCCCUGAUGUAACCUCUACUGAUUAGUACUAUUGAGCUAUAGCGUGGCUUUGAUCUCAGCGGGCUUCUUGGAGGAACCCUGACUAAAUGUAAUGGUCGGAAUCUAGCUGCUGACUGCAUUAUGUUCAAGUCAAUCGACAGCAGCUGAAGAGUUUUAGCUUCUGUCUUUCAAACAAUGCAUAUGGAUGUUUGAUUGCCUUAAAACUUGUGUAUAUUUAUGCCAUGAUCUUGUAUGAACAAAGAAUUUGAAUCAAUCAUUUUCGCUGGGUACAUGUGGUCAAGCUUUACAUUUUCAGAUUUGGAUAGUUUCUUUUGAAGGUGUUGAUCCAUGAUGAACCACAGCUAGUAGCAGUCGUAUUUUAAAAAUCAGUGAUCUGUGUCUGGUAAUUAUAUCACUUUGUUUCAUAAAUUCGUGAAAUUGACAUACGUAAAUAAAUUUGCUUGAAUUAAUGAAAAAACAAACUGUACUGUAUCCAUAUUCUCGAUAUCUACAAAAUCGAAUGUAUUGGUGAUUCCGAUCCAAAUGUAAAAG